AUGCCUCAUAUUUCAGGCAAAAAUCAAGCACUUUACGCGCUCUCACGCGUCGCCUUGAAUUCAAAGGUUCCUCAUCCAAAGUUCUUCAACCAUACCACCUCUCAACCUCCGCAAAGCACCGCAUUUCCCCUUCAAUCCACAUACUUCCUGAACAACAAUUCAAGAGUAAGUUACUCGAUUUUGGCAUACCAAUUCUAAAAAUUCCUGCUCCCAAAUAUCUGAUCAGCAAAAACUAACGUGUGCGAUCUUCUCUACAGUGUUAGAAGCACGUCUCGAACAAGCCGACCUUUUCAAGAAGGUGGUUGAUGCCAUCAAGGAUCUUGUCCAGGACUGCAACUUUGACUGCAAUGACUCAGGCGUCGCACUUCAAGCUAUGGACAACUCCCACGUCGCUCUCGUUUCCAUGAUGCUCAAGGCCGAAAGUUUCUCCCCAUACCGCUGUGAUCGAAAUGUCGCCCUGGGUGUCAACCUCACCUCUCUCACCAAGGUUCUCCGUGCAGCCCAAACCGAUGAUAUCCUUACUCUCAAGGCCGAGGACGCCCCUGAUGUGUUGAACUUGGUAUUUGAGAGCAGUUCGAACGAUCGAUUGAGCGAGUAUGACUUGAAGCUUAUGGACAUUGAUCAAGAGCAUUUGGGUAUCCCAGAUACUGAGUAUGCUGCUACGAUUUCAAUGCCAAGUAGCGAGUUUAGCAGAAUCUGCCGGGAUCUUAUGGCUCUCUCCGAGUCUGGUAGGCUCCCAACCGCCAAAGCGAAUCUUCAGUGCUAACAUUUCGGGGUCACAGUUGCGAUUGAGGCCUCAAAGGACGGUGUUAAAUUCUCAUGUGCUGGAGAUAUUGGAAACGGUUCUGUUACUCUUCGAAGCCAUACCGACAAUGAGAAGGAAGAGAACAGUAUCGCAAUCGAUCUUUCUGAGCCUGUCUCUUUGACUUUCUCCCUCAAAUAUCUCGUCAACUUCUGCAAGGCCGCUGGGCUUUCCAAGACCGUCAAGCUUUGCCUUUCCAGCGAAGUCCCUCUGCUGGUUGAAUAUGCGUUGUCAGGAAACAGUUAUCUUCGAUUCUACUUGGCACCCAAGGUAAGUCUUGAAGGCGCCACUAUUUCACUUUAAUGAUCGCAGGCUAAUUUUUUCCCCCUUCCAGAUUGGCGAUGACGAGUAGAUGCGAAAAUAACGGAAACGGAGUAUGAACAGAUUGGUUUUUUAAGCAUAUCCCCUUGGCGUGAUUGGUUCUUUUCAUGGAUAUUGAAUGAAUGAGGGGAAUGAUGAUGGCGCUUUCUUAAUGUGGACCUGCUUCCGGAGCAUUGGGAAGAACUACUGCCUAGCUAGGUGUGCCCAUAUGUAGUAGAAUACGCAUCUGCAAUAUAAGGGAAUUCAC